GCCACCGUCCACUCUCGCUGUCGGCAAUGUAGGCUAACAGACCGACAACGUCCAUCCGGGACGCGCUGGGAAUAACGCGCAAGCGACUUUAUUACUAUUAAGCUACAAUAAGAAACAGUCCGGGGUGCGUUCGCCACAACUAAUUGUUGCUUUUUUGUGUGACGGGAAUCCAUCCCCGCAAAGCUUGAAUUACAUCUCCGCAGCAUCCUUUGCAGAGUAGCCUCUGCUGCUGUGGAUUCCAUUUUUUUCCGGUGCCAUCAUCGACGGAACCGGAGACUGGGCUCACCAAUCUGGGCUCACGGGACCAGCAGCGGAUCAUUUCAUUCAUCUUUGAGCACGGAGUAAAUAAUCGGGUGUGUGGGGAAAGUUUCUCCGGCCACGCACGAGCGACUUGUGCAUGGAUUUAGGUUGACGCGAAUAUUUUAAACGGCGUCUGGGAGCCUGAGGACUGGGCUGGUGUGCAGAUGAGGAUUACGAAGUCGUGCUGGCCAGACGCGGCACUGUUCACCUGGAAUACCUGAAGCUGUCCAAUGCCACGCUGCUGCAUCAACUUGUCGACACUGUUGCAUGUAUGCACAGCCUAAAUGUCGGCCCAUGUGGCCUGUUAAUUGUAGAUUCAUGUUUUAUAUAAGAUCGGAGGCUGUUGAUUUGUAUCUCUGAGUGCCACGUAAAAAAAAAAAAAACUCGCUGCAGCCGAAUUUCACGCUUCUGUCCCCGCAAGAGGAUGCAGCCUGAAGCGCAAUGAUGCACGGAACACGGAGGAUUUUCUGAUCAGGAUGACAUUUGGUUAAAAAAAAGCAAACUCGUGGACCGAAAGGCAAAUUCAACUAUCUAGCCUUUUUUUUUUUUUUUUUUUUUGCGCGAAAAGCUGCACCGAAAUCUCACCUCUCCCGAACCAGACUUUCGAGUUUUCUAGAUUCGGUUCGGGGAGAUAUGGCCGCGAUUGCCAGCUCCCUGAUCCGGCAGAAACGCCAGGCGAGGGAGUCGAACAGUGACCGAGUCUCGACUUCGAAACGUCGCCCCAGCCCAAGCAAAGACCCCCGCUCUCUGUGCGAGAGGCACUUUCUUGGGGUCUUCAGCAAAGUCCGUUUCUGCAGCGGGAAGAAAAGACCUGUUCGGCGGCGACCAGAUGCACCCUCGAAACCUCCACAGGUGUCCCAUAAGGGCUGCAGGCUAGAGCCGCAGCUGAAAGGCAUCGUGACACGACUGUUCAGCCAGCAGGGCUUCUACCUGCAGAUGCAGCCGGAUGGAACCAUCGAUGGCAGCAAGGACGAGAACAGCGACAACACCCUGUUUAAUCUUAUUCCUGUGGGUCUGAGAGUGGUGGCCAUCCAGGGAGUGAAGAGUGGCUCCUACAUUGGCAUGAAUGGCGAAGGCAUGCUCUACAGCUCGGAAAUGUUCACGCCGGAGUGCAAGUUCAAGGAGUCCGUUUUCGAGAACUACUAUGUGAUCUACUCGUCCACUGUGUACCGCCAGCAGGAGUCGGGCCGGGCCUGGUUCCUCGGUCUGACCAAGGAGGGCCAAGUCAUGAAGGGCAACCGGGUCAAAAAGACUAAGCCCUCGUCCCACUUUGUGCCCAGGCCUAUCGAAGUGUGUAUGUACAGGGAGCCGUCACUGCAUGAGAUAGAGGAGAAGCACCGCUCCAGGAAGAGCUCAGGGACUCCCACCAUGAACGGAGGGAAAGCUGUCAAUCAGGAUUCCACAUAGCAGCGGGGGGAGGGGCUUCCCAUUGGGGGUGUGGUCUCAUCCUGACUCAGGGGGAUGGGCCAUAGGAAAACUCACCACCCCCUUCAAAUUCUGGAAACCAUCCCCUCUGAAAAGGAAGAGGGCGUUGCAACGAGGAGGAGCUAUAACUGUACAACUAAGACAUCAAAAAUAAAAACUGAACUCUUGCCUGUGAAAACCUUUUAGAUGAAUUAAUAUGAAACCAGAGGAUAUAUAUAUAUAUAUAUGUAUAGAUAUAUAUAUGAAAGACAAAACAUUUUCAAUCAGAACUUGACCAACAU